AUGAGCGGCAGGUAUGAUGACAGGCGGCGGGACGACCGGGACCGAGAUCGGGACCGCGACUACCGCAGGCCUGACGAUAGGGAUGACAGGCGGCGGGGCUUUGACGAUCGGGGUGGCCGCCGCGGCGGCGACCGCGAGCGAGAGCGGGGGCGGGAUCGGGAGGGGGACGAUAGGCGGCGCCGCGGCAGCCGCAGCCGCAGCAGGGACCCACGCGGGGACCCACGGGACCGCAAGCGCAGCCGCAGCAGGGAGCAGGAGCGGGUGCGGCGGCACAGCAGGGACCGCAGCCGGGACGGCCGCCGCGAGCGCAGCCGGGAGCGGCGCAGGAGCAGCCGCUCCCUGUCCCCCUCGCAGCAGCGCGACAGCAAGCGGCGGCGCAGCGACGCGGGCGGCGCCCCUGAGCCUCCGACCGAGGGCGCCGCGCCGCCGCCGCCUCCGCAGCCCAUGGACGCAGAGGGAGGUGGCGAGGCAGCGGCGAUGGAUGGUGGAGGCGAGGGGCAGGCAGGGGAGGAUGGGGAGGCUGUCGCCCUGGAGCUGGAUGCAGAGCUGACUCCGGAGGAAAUCAUGAUGAUGCAGCAGAUGGGCAUCCCCUUUGGCUUUGACACCACCCAGGGCAAGAAGCACGCGGAUGCGGGGGCGGUGAAGGUGAAGACGACCCGCGGCGCGCGGCAGUACAUGAACCGCAGGGGCGGCUUCAACCGUGAGCUGGAUGGCGAGGCCACCGGCGAGAAGGUCAGGAUCGAGUGGCUGCGCAGCUAG